UACUAGUUGAAGGUUGCUGCAGAGUACAAAGUGUGGGACACUUGGAGACGACCACACUACCAUGUCCUGUUCUAGUAGUCUUCCUCAACUAUCAUCAACGUGGUUUCAUCAAUAUCACUCAUUCCCCACUGUCUAGUGUUUCUCAGAAAUCCCUCCAGACCAUUUCAGCUUCAGAGAUGGAGAUUUUUGUGCAAGGCCCACUACCCAAUAGCAUUUCUGGUGGUGCGGCUUCGGCUAACAAAUUGCCGAUUCCUAAUCUAAGGAAUCCCUUUGAUCAAGCGGGAGCCUCGUCCACUGACUUGGGUGAGAUUCCUCAUGCCUCACUGUUUCCUAAUCCCUUUGAUCAAGCAGGAGUCUCGUCCACUGACUUGGGUGAGAUUCCGCCUGCCUCGCCGUUUCCUAAUCCCUUUGUGUUUCCUAAUCCCUUUGAUCAAGAUGAAGCCUCGUUCACCAACUUGGGUGACGUUCCGCACACGUUUCCGUUUCCUAAUCCCUUUGAUCAAUCGGGAGCGGCCUCGUCCACUGACUCGCUCUCUUUGAAGAGCUGGGAGAUUGCAAUUGAUGGUGGCAUGGAUCAAUUGGAAGAGUCUUGUCCCUUUAUUCCACUAUCCAAAAUAUUAAAAGCAACUAAUGACUUUGACGAAGCAUUAGUUAUUGGAACUGGGGGAUUCGGAAAGGUAUACAAAGCAAUCAUCCGCGAAGGUGCUACAACCACCGUUGCUGCCAUAAAGCGGUUGAAUGCCAAGUCCAACCAAGGUGUAGAAGAGUUUUGGACAGAAGUAAAGUUGCUUUCAAAGCUCCGGCACACACAUCUCGUUUCGCUCAUCGGCUAUUGCAACGAGCAUCGAGAGAUGAUUCUUGUUUAUGAAUACAUAGCUCGUGGAACACUCGCCAAUCAUCUUUACAAAACACGUAAAGAAGAAAGCGGUGGAAGCAGAUCUCAUCUAACAUGGGAGCGAAGGCUCCACAUUUGCCUUGAUGCUGCACUCGGACUCGACUACCUUCAUAAUGGUACCGAACAAGGUAUCAUACACCGAGAUGUAAAAAGCACAAACAUUUUGUUGGACGAGAAUUGGGUUGCAAAGGUUUCUGAUUUCGGCAUAUCUAAACGCAUUCCAAGUCAUACAACCACCCAUGUUACCACAAAUGUCAAAGGAACGUUUGGGUAUUAUGAUCCAGAUUACUUCUUGACCAAGCGACUAACCAAGAAAUCUGAUGUUUACGCUUUUGGGGUGGUGUUGUUGGAAGUCUUGUGUGGUCGGCCACCAAUAGAUACAAGACUCGAGGAGGAACAAAUUAGUCUAAUUCUUUGGGCGCAAAUGUACAUUAGAAAGGGAAAGAUUGACCGAAUCAUUGAUCCCUCUCUGAAUGGAGAAACAACACCACAAAGUCUCAAGUUCUUUGCCGAACUUGCCAACAAGUGUUUACAUACUCAACCGAAGGAAAGGCCUACAAUGGCUGAAGUAGUGGAGAGCCUUGAAAUUGCAUUGGCUUCGCAUGGGCGUAAGGGAAGAUUGCAGGGAUCCAUCUCAAAGGCGUUUCGGGGCAUAAAAAUUGUGCCUAAAGGUAUGAAUCGUUGGUGGAGAGCAGGGGAGGGCAACGGUUCAAACGAUGGUGGAGGACCAAUUUUAGAUGACCUUUCAAACGGUUUUGGAGGACCAAUUUUAGAUGACCUUAUUCGAUCGGUAUACCCCCGUUUCUCGCUUUCUGCGAUUCGCGCUGUCACUAAUGAUUUCAGUGACGGUCUUUUGGUCAGCCGAGGCAAUUGGUUUAGUUUAUACAAGGGAUGUAUGGAGGGGGGAACUCGUGUGGUAAUGAUCAAACGGUACAAUUUGAGAGAAGCACACUUGGCCAGACCAGUUAGUGCCGAGAUUGGGGUACAAUCUCUGACUCGUCACCUUAACACAGUCUCUUUGAUAGGAUUUUGUGAAGAAAAGCAUGAGUUGAUCCUCGUGUACGAUUACAUGGUAAACGGGACAUUGAAAAGUCAUCUCCACGAAACCGGUAAGGAUCCACUUCAUUGGAAAAAGAGGCUUAAGAUUUGCAUCGACACUGCACGAGGUCUCGAAUACCUCCAUACGAACGUAGAGCAACAAUUUGUCCACCGUGACAUAAAACCAUCAAACAUUUUUUUGGACGACGAAUGGAUCGCAAAAAUUGCUGCUUUUGAAAUGUCCAUACAGACACCCACUGGCAUCACAACCGAGGGCGUGGAAACAAGUGUUAUGGGCACGAUGGGAUAUUUGGACCCUGAGUACCUGCACACUCAUAAAGUGACAGAGAAAAGUGACGUGUAUGCUUUCGGUGUCAUGUUGUUCGAAGUAUUGUGUGCUAAGACCCCUAUUUCUUUCGGACGAAACAGGGAUGACGUUCUGUUACUUAAAUGGUUCCACGCAUGCAUCGAAAGGGGAACUAUCGAUGAGGUCAUUGAUCCAUAUCUAAUCGGAAAAAUAGCUCCGGAAUGUUUUAGGCAUUAUGUCAACAUAGCACUAAGUUGCGUGGUUAAAGAGGGCAUCCGACGCCCUUCUAUGAACGAUGUGUUGGGUAGCCUUCAAUUUUCAUUGCAAAUGCAAGAGGCAUGGGAAAAUUCCGUCCAGAUGGAUACUGAUGAGUUACACAUGGCUGACGUCUACAACGAGGUCAUCUCUAUCGAAAGCGAGUUCACAAUUGGUGACCGGAGUUAUCUUAUUUCAGAUUUGGUUCGACCAUGGAGUACCCUCAGAUUAGAAAUAUAUUAUCUGCUGGUGGACUGCUUGGUUGUGGUGGGAAUUUUGGCUACUAUCAACAUUUUUGCACAAUUGUACCAGACUAACAAACAGGGUUCUGAUUUUGGCUUGGUUGUGGUGAAAUCCAUGAAGACUUCAGCUCUAGUCCAUCUAGUCCAUAUAAUUGAGACUUCCGCUAAACUAAAUGGACUAGAGCUGAAGCCUUCACGGAUUUCUAGGUUCAAAUCAGUUAAAGGCCUAUUUCUUAAAAGCCUGCUCCAGUGCGGCCAGAAUCCUGGCAAGCUUGCUCUUAAAAGGCCAGAGAAUCUUGAAGAAGCCUCUAGAAAAAGUGGUGGCAUAAGGCUUGAAAGGAAGCUUGCUAGAGAAGGGAUGGGUCCCAUGCCACAAGUUCCAAGGUCGGUCUUCAACCAAAUGGCCGGCUGA